GUUUCCAUGGCGCUGGCUCCACCCCGAUCCGUAAUGUCAGGUGGCGUUGCUCCAUGUGGCGGGGGCUGGUGACAACUCUGUGCCAGGUAGCUCGGUACUCUGGAUCCCAGUCAGUCCGAGCGGCCAGCUGUACAAGUGGAAGUGACGUCAUGGACCUGUCGCACAUGCGGAAGAGUUACCGGAAUGAUGAUGAGGCUUUUGAAGAAACUCACUUGGCCUCUCUCGAUCCAGUUGCUCAGUUCAGCGCUUGGUUCCAGGAAGUCUUAGAAUGCCCAGCCAUUCCUGAACCAAAUGCCAUGUGUCUGGCUACCGCAACAAGGGACGGCAAACCCUCUGCCCGUAUGGUUCUCCUGAAAGGGUUCGGCUCGGAUGGGUUCCGAUUCUUCACUAACCGGGAGAGCAGAAAAGGGAAAGAGCUGGAGGCCAAUCCAGCUGCUUCUCUCCUGUUUUUCUGGGAGCCUUUAAAUCGUCAGGUUCGCAUAGAGGGGUCAGUUGAAAAGCUUUCAGACGAACAAUCUGACAAGUACUUCCACUCUCGUCCAAAGUCUAGCCAGAUUGGUGCUGUUGUUAGCAGUCAGAGUCAAGUUAUCCCAGACCGAGAGUACCUUCGUAAGAAAAAUGCUGACCUUCAGGAGGAGUACAAGGACAAGGAGGUUCCCAGGCCAAAUGAAUGGGGAGGAUACAUCAUCCGUCCUUCUGUCAUGGAGUUCUGGCAGGGACAGACUAAUCGUCUGCAUGACCGCAUUGUAUUUCGAAGGAAAGAAGGAGAGGAGACUGACACAAGCCCCUGGACACACCCUGCAGAGGGUGGGUGGGUGUAUGAGCGCCUUGCACCAUAAUUUUUAGUACUCCUUUAUGGAGUAAUUUAGUUCUGUGAUCUUGGAGAAUCAAAGGACAACUGCCCUGAUCUAAAAAGGCUUGAAUGGGAGAUGUGAAGAAUUGCCAAUCGCAACCAGAUUCUUUCAGUUGCUGGUGUGAGCAAUCCAAAUUUUUUCUCUUCUAUUAAGGGACACAAAUCUUCACCUUCAUGUUAUUCUCCCCCCUACAGGAGAAUUUAAAACUGGCAAAAAAAACUGUUGGCCAGCCCUGGAUAACCCCCUGCCAAUACCGGCUCUACAGCUGCUUGCAGUGCAUCUACUGACAGUGCCAGUAUCUGCAACCAGAGAUCCUUGUGCUUAGAAAUCCGUCCCAUUGUCUGAGUCUUCCUUGGCUCCCUUGGGUUUGACUGGAGCAUCUCCCCCAUCAGCUAAAGUGUUUGCCACAGUCAAGAAAGACUAUCACCCAAGACACCUAGAUAUUUGCAGACUCUGAUCACCAAAGUCACAUGCAUGAUCCCACGCCAACUGCUGCCAAUUCGAUUUCUGAUUUGCCUGCGGACUUAGGCCAAGCCAUCAGCCAUAGAAAUGCUAAUUCUUAGGCUGGCCAUAGAUGAUUAAUUUAUUUUCAAUCAGCCAAAGGGUUUAUCGAUUUGCAGUGUUGCCCACCCCUAAAUUAAAUGCUUUUGGAUUUUCUGAAGACUAAAGAGCCUUGUGUCCCUCAAUGGAUGAGAGAAAAUCAAGUUUCCUUAUUCCCUGUUUUCAUACCUAUCUACCUCCAGGUUGGCCAAUGUAUUGUUCUGUACUGCUCCAUCACACACUUUCCUGAACAUAACACAUUAGUGACAUACAUUAACGUGUCUGUUCGUCCUUGUGACAUUUAUUCUUAAUUGUUUAAUUAUGUUGUGUAAUUCUUAAUGUAUGUGAUGCCCAUGAUGGGUAAACAGAUGAGCAAAUUCCAACUGUAAAGUAAAUUACUUUAAUAAAUGGUGUUGCAACAACA